AUGGACGACUCCGAGCUUGACCAGAUUCGCAAGGCCCGCCUCGAGCAGCUCAAGGCGCAGGCCGGGGCUGGAGGAGGUUCCGGCGGCGGCGGCGGCGGUUCCCAGCAGAAGCAGGCCGAGCAGAGGCAACAACAAGAAGCCGAAGCGAGACAACAGAUCCUCAACCAGAUCCUCCACCCCGAGGCCGCGGACCGGCUGGGCCGCAUCCGCCUCGUCAAGGAGCAGCGCGCACAGGACGUCGAGAACAGGCUCAUCAUGCUCGCGCAGUCGGGGCAGCUGCGCAGCAAGGUCACCGAGGCGCAGCUCAAGGAGCUGUUGGCUGCCGUCGCGGAGAACAAGGAGGAGGAGAAGAUUGUGGUCAGCCGAAGGAAGGGAUGGGACGACGACGACGAUGACUUGCUGGAUCUGUGA